AAGCCACAAUGCUUCAUGGCCUAAAGUGCAUAAUGAGCUUUUAAGUGAGCAAUCUGCAGCUCGACGAAACCUUCUGCACUCUGUUGGGCACGGACUGUGUUCCGAGUUCGUUUACUGUACAAUCCUGGCGUGGCCUUUGGAGUAUUGUCGGCCACAAACAUGUUCUUUCCCUUGAUAUGUUCCACCAGCAUGUCCUUGGGACAAGAGCAGAAGCGAUCCUAGGGUGUCGAGAAACUCACAUAAAGUAAUUCUACUGACCCUGAAGAUGCACAGCCUUGCAGUCUUGGCCUUAUUUUUGGCCGGACCAUCAGCUUCACUCUGCUGGGCAGUUGGGAAAGGGCUGCCCAUAAUCGAUCUGGAAUACGCCGUUCAUCAAGCGACUGUUGAUAUAGCUGGAGAAUACUACAACUUCUCUAAUAUACGCUAUGGAGCGGACGUUAGCGGCGCAUCCAGGUUUAAAGCACCGGAGCCUCCAAGCACCGUGAAUCGCACAUUGAAUGAUGGACAGUCGGUCACAAGGUGCCCUCAAACACAUCCAUUUUGGCUUUAUGAUGCGACAAAGAUCGCCCAAGGAGUCCCAGCGUCCGAAUUGGAACCACCAUAUUUUAAUAUCUCUGAUAUUCCCCCCAUGAGCUCCGAAGAAACCGAAGAUUGUCUCUUCUUGGAUGUUAUGGUCCCGACCAGGAUAUUUGACUCGCAAACCCGAAAUCGACCAUCGAGCUGGGAGGCAUCACAAGCCUCUUGUACAGGUGCACCGGUUUUGGUAUGGAUUGAUGGCGGGGGCUUUUCUGCAGGCUACAAACACGAGCAGAUACCAACUGGGCUUAUUGAAAGGUCUCUAUCAGUGGAUGGCAAUGGCAUGAUAUUUGUUGCUAUGAACUAUCGGGUUGGAUUAUUCGGUUUCCUCCCUGCCGGUAUCGCUGGUGAGGGUGUUUCCAAUGCUGGACUACUCGACCAGCGCCUAGCCUUGGAAUGGGUCCAGAAAUAUAUUCAUCUGUUUGGUGGUGAUCCGUCACGAGUAACCAUCAUGGGCGAAUCAGCUGGCGGCGGCUCGGUAUUUCACCAAAUCACCGCAUUUGGUGGUAAACAGGACUUUCCUUUUCAGCAAGCAAUUUUACAGAGCCCAGGGUGGCAGCCCAACGGAGAUCCAGGGACACAGAAAAUGCUGAUUGAAUAUGCCUUGACAAAUGCAUCCCUUCUGACCAACAAGAGCUUACAAACCGUGGAAGAUCUCCGUGGCCUAUCUUUCAAACAGUUGGCUCUCGUCAAUAGUGUCAUUGUCGGACGCUCUUCAUACGGGAUUUAUACGUUUGGCCCGGUCGUGGAUGGUUCGUUCGUGCCAGAUAUGCCAGGUAAGCUGGUCGCAGAAGGGCGGUUCGCGACCUCUUUAAAGGCUAUCAUGAUGGGCACGAACUUCAAUGAGGGGGUACUGUUCAAUUCCCCCUUCUUAACCAGUGACCAGGAAUAUCGCCACAAUGUUCGUGCAUUCUUUCCCAACAGUAAUGACGAAGUUGUCGACUAUAUUGCGACGACCAUGUAUCCCAAUGACCUGUCGGGAAAAUACAACUACACAACACAGCCACUUCGAGCUGCCCUCACCACGGCAGAAGGUUGUUUCCUCUGUAAUACGCGAUACUUAGCAGAAGCCUUGCAUGGUAUCGUGUCGACCAACAUAUUCAAAUACUUGUUCGCCGUUCCGCCGGCAAUUCAUGCUGACGAUCUGGGCUACUCUUUCUACAAUGGCAAUGGCACCACCACCUGGGAGGGGUACCCUGUCAACGCAGAGGUUGCUUUUACGCUCCAAGACUAUAUUGCCAGCUUCGUUAUGAGUGGAUCACCAAACAUCGGCAAUGCCAUACACAAAACCCCUUGGUUUCCCGCGUAUGGGACAAAUGCAUCAGUAUUGACCUUGAAUGAAACCGGACUUGGUGCGCUGCUUGUUGAUCCACAGGCAAACCAAAGGUGUGAUUGGUGGCAGAAAGUACUCUACGUCUGAAGUAUUGCUACAGCUACAUGAGCUUCGUCAACGUGCUUUCGAAUAGACAGAGGACGAGAGAAUAGAAGAGAGAUUAGGAUGGAAAUAGUAUAUAACAGCACUGAAUAUCCCUUCCGUAUCCCAGGACAACUCCUUUUCAAUUCAGCAUAGUCAUCGAACAACAAAAGCAUCAACUAUAGCAGGACAGGAAUUGUGAUCAUCAAGAUGCUUGUAUGAG